UAUAGGAAGCAUUAAGUAAUUUAGAAUAAUAGGUGAUUCGUGCAUGUUGUUCGGUGAUAAUGUUAAAAUUCCUUGUAAUUGCUGUUGCUAUUGAAUGUGUAAUUGUUGUGUCAGGAUCAGAGCGGUGCAAUGGACAUCAUGAAUACUACGAAAAAUGCAUAAAGACAUGCGAUCCUCAAACAUGCGAAAGUGCUGGGGAAACAUUCCACUGUCCAAUGAGAUCCAAAUGUAAAAGUGGCUGCCGGUGUAAGCGAGGAUAUUUACGGAAUGAAAAUAAAGAAUGUAUGCCUAGUGAUCGAUGCGAUGAUCAAAAUUACGAUAUAUCUUCUACAUACUAUACACCAACAUCAAAGCAUACGGUCGAAAAGUCUGGCAAAGAAAGUCACAAGUACAGUAAGGACAGUAGUAGUUUCUUGAGUGAAACUGACUCAAGUUUAAGCAGUAUUAGUCAAACCCCAUCUAAGAGGCAUACAUACUGCCCCCGCAACGAAGUAUGGUCAGAAUGUACGAACGGUGGGUGCAGCAGGCGAACUUGUUUGGAUUUGGCAUCACCAGUUAUUUGCAUUGACCCAGCCAAAGGUUACUGCCGAUCUGGAUGUGUUUGUAAAGAAAACUAUCUUCGGAAUCGAUAUGGCGUUUGUGUACCUAUUUCUAAGUGUCCUACACCUAAAUGCCCAGAGAACGAAGUAUAUCUUCGAAACAGGGUGACGGUGAAUCAUCCACAAAUGUGUUGGCAGUACUUAUAUGCCAAGCUUGAUGAUAAAGUCGAGACACAAGGACCAGAAUGCAUUUGCAGGAAAAACUAUGCCAGGAACAAUGACGGACAAUGCAUUCCUAUAAGCAACUGUUUUCACAACAUACGAAGAAAAAGAUCAAUUUGCAGGAGUAAUGAGGAGUUCGUACUGAAUACAGCUGGAAUAUCACGGCCUCAAAAUUGCUGGAGAUAUAUUUUAGGUUUUCCAAAAAGUACAGAACCCUUUUUUAAACCAGGUUGCGUGUGUAUUGAAAACUACGUACGAAAUAGCACGGGUUCAUGUAUACCUUCUACAGAAUGUGCUGAUAUCAUGCUAAGGUCUUUAUUCCAUGCGACUUCUUCAAUACAAAGAGUAUCCGUGCUGCAAUAUUGCGGUCUACUCGAUUUCAACAGCAUUAUGUUGAACCUACGUAAUAUAGUAAGCUUGGUUUGUGUUACUUCGGUAAUAUGUAAUGAUAUAGCUAGAGCCGAUAUCCGAUCGUCAGCGAUAUCAUCAUCAACUUCAUUUUCAUCAUCACAUCCGAACUGCAAUAAUGGAGGUCAUCCAGAAUUCUGUGGACCGAACGAAGUAGUUGACGAUUGUGUGAAUGGUGGUUGUGGAAGGCGUAAUUGCUCAGAACUUGCCGAACCACAAAAAUGCAUUGAUGUUAUACAUUGUAUUAGAGGCUGUCGGUGUAGAGACGGAUAUUUACGUGAUGAUAAUGGACAGUGUGUACCGUUAACUAGUUGUCCAAUACCGUAUUGCAAAGAAGGUGAAAUUUUCGAUUUUUGCCCUGGUUAUUGUCAGCCAGAAUGCGGUGUUGACCAAAGCCUUAUCUUAUGUAAACCCUCGCCACAACCUGGUGAUCCAGACUGUAAUCCAACUUGUCGGUGUGCUGACAACUUGUAUAGAACGACAGAAGGCGCCUGUGUGCCAAAGGAAUCUUGCCCUCCAAAAUGUCCGAACGGUGAAGUAUACGAGAAAUGCCCAGACCCAUGUGUACCCAAUAUAUGUGAAGUCAUUUAUUCGACGUACAAACCUUGCCCACCUCGCCCUGAAGAUUGUAAGCCGACCUGCCUAUGUCCCGAUGGCCAGUUCAGGAAUAAACUCGGUCAAUGUAUUACUUCUGAAGAGUGUUUACAAUGUAGAGGUCCUCACGAAUACUUCUCGUGCGGUGGAGCGUGUGAUAAUGAAUGUGACAAACUUAGUCGUGAGAGUAAAAACAAUUGUCCAAUUGUCAAUAUUCAGUGCAACAGAAAAUGUUAUUGUGAAGAUGGAUAUGCACGAGAUGCUAAUAAUACCUGCAUUCCUAUUAACGAAUGUCCACCGGAGUGUCCAUUAAAUGAGCGGUACGUCAAUAAUAUAAAUGAAAAAUGUGAAGCAAAGACGUGUUCAGAACUCGACCAGCCUUUACCGUGUCAGGUAGAUAGGUCUUGCAACACCGGCCCUCCUGGUUGUAUUUGUAUCGAUGGAUAUGUAAGGAACGGUGAUGGUGUAUGUGUACCUACCACAGAAUGUCCUCCAAAAUGUCCGAACGGUGAAGUAUACGAGAAAUGCCCAGACCCAUGUGUACCCAAUAUAUGUGAAGUCAUUUAUUCGACGUACAAACCUUGCCCACCUCGCCCUGAAGAUUGUAAGCCGACCUGCCUAUGUCCCGAUGGCCAGUUCAGGAAUAAAAUCGGUCAAUGUAUUACUUCUGAAGAGUGUUUACAAUGUAGAGGUCCUCACGAAUACUUCUCGUGCGGUGGAGCGUGUGAUAAUGAAUGUGACAAACUUAGUCGUGAGAGUAAAAACAAUUGUCCAAUUGUCAAUAUUCAGUGCAACAGAAAAUGUUAUUGUGAAGAUGGAUAUGCACGAGAUGCUAAUAAUACCUGCAUUCCUAUUAACGAAUGUCCACCGGAGUGUCCAUUAAAUGAGCGGUACGUCAAUAAUAUAAAUGAAAAAUGUGAAGCAAAGACGUGUUCAGAACUCGACCAGCCUUUACCGUGUCAGGUAGAUAGGUCUUGCAACACCGGCCCUCCUGGUUGUAUUUGUAUCGAUGGAUAUGUAAGGAACGGUGAUGGUGUAUGUGUACCUACCACAGAAUGUCCUCCAAAAUGUCCGAACGGUGAAGUUUACGAGGAAUGCCCAGACCCUUGCGUACCCAAUACAUGUGCAAGCAUUUGGUCGAGAUUCAGACCUUGCCCACCUCGGCCUGAAGAUUGUAAGCCGACCUGCCGAUGUCCCGAUGGCCUGCACAGGAGUAAAAUCGGUGAAUGUAUUACUACUGAUGAGUGUUUGCAAUGUAGGGGUCCUUACGAAUACUUCUCGUGCGGUGGUGCGUGUGAUAAUGAAUGUGACAAACUUAGUCGUCAGAGUAAAAACAAUUGUCCAAUUGUCAAUAUUCAGUGCAACAGAAAAUGUUAUUGUGAAGAUGGAUAUGCACGAGAUGCUAAUAAUACCUGCAUUCCUAUCAACGAAUGUCCACCAGAGUGUCCAGUAAAUGAGCAAUACGUGAAUAAUAUAAAUGAAAUAUGUAGAGCAAAGUCGUGUUCAGAACUCGGCGAACCUUUACCGUGUCUGCAAGAAGGUUAUGAUAAUACUGGUCCUCCUGGUUGUUUAUGUAUUGAUGGAUUUAUAAGGAACUGUGAUGGUGUAUGUAUACCUACAACUGAAUGUCCUGCAUGUGGAGGAGAUUUUAAUGCUACCACUGGACCUGGUACUUUUUGCAUAACUUGUGACAACUAUAAGAGAAAGAACCAAGUUGCUUGUAUACUUUUAUACAAGAUAAACGGUUGUGCUUGCAAAGAUGACUAUGUUUACAACAACCGUAUAAAUCAGUGCGUCUUGCCUCAAGAUUGUCGUAGCUUAGACUCAGGGGACGGACAAAGGAUCAUUGGACCGUUGUUUCCGUGCGACGUGUAUCACUUAUCCUUCAUAAUGUCUAAGUAUACUUUAGCAUUAUUGUUAGCAGGGUUAAUUUGUACCAUCAACUGUGAUAGUUCAUCAUCAUCAUCAUCAUCAUCAUCAGAUGAAAGUGAUGAACAGAAACGUUUGAGAACCAAUUUCGACCAAGGGAACGAUGACUUCACCGCGCACUUUUUAUACGACGUAAUUGACGAGAAGCCGAAUAAGAGUGUGAUAACGUCUCCGUUCAGUCUUCUAUUUCUUUUAUCGCAAUUAGCUCUUUAUGCUAAAGGGAAGACAUAUGAUCAACUGGCGAAUAUCCUGAAUUUGAAUAAGAGAAAUGACAUUCGAUCCACGAUACCACAAUACUUGGAUGAAAUCAAUUCUCAACGGAACGUUAACUUCUCUUUAGCAGAAAGAGUGUUUGGAAGUAUCGAUUAUCCGUUCAGUAAAGCCUUUAAACGGGACACCAAACAUACCUUUCACGCUCAGGCAAAAAACUUGGACUUCAGCGAACCGAAGGAAGCUGCUAAGGAAAUAAAUUCAUGGAUUGCAUCACAGACAAAUGAUCUUAUUGAAGAUUUAGUUUCACCAUCUGCUCUAGACGAAAACACUAGACUUGUGCUAACAGAUGCAAUUUACUUCAAGGGAGACUGGAGAAAUCCGUUCAAUUCUAAAAAUACUAGACCGCAAACAUUCCACGUCACAAACAGGAGGAAGACUUCAGUGAAAAUGAUGAAUCAGAUCGGACAUUUUAAUUACGGUCAUAUAAAACACAUACAAGCAAAGGUCGUCCAAAUGUUUUAUAAAAACGAAAACUUCUCCUUCCUCUCAAUAUUGCCCAAUAAGAGGCAUAGUGUACAUUCAGUGGCUAAUCAGCUGCAAGAACUAGACUUACAGUAUGAUGUCAUAAAUAAUUUAGACUCAGCUCGAGUGAAUCUUUCAAUUCCUGUAAUAAACUCUGAAUCAGAAACUGACCUAGCUGAUGUCUUAAAGAAGAAUGGAGUAACAGCGUUAUUCAACAGCAGUAGCUCUGAUCUAUCUGGUAUACUGAAAUACCCGGAACCGUUGUUCGUGUCAAGUGCGAUUCAAAAAGCCAAAAUAAUUGUAAACGAAGCGGGUUCAGAGGCAGCUGCCGCAAACGCUAUUACCGUCGGAGCAACAGCCGUAGAAGCUGAACCUGAACAAUUCAAUGCUAACCAUCCCUUUCUCUAUUACAUUAUGUACAGAGACACGGCGAUAUUCGCAGGACAUUAUGCGGGUGUACAAUAAAUAAAUGCCGCAUAACUUUUGAACAAUUCAAAACCUUAUUUUUCGUUUUCAUAAUCAGCGAACGUAUACA